GCAGAGCACACAUGCUGUACAGAAUCAGAUGGGCGUGAGCAUGGUCCCAGGAUGGGUGGAUGGGUAUAUAAAGGGAUGCUGCAGGUCUGCAGAGUGCAUUGUGUGCAGAAGAGCCGAAGGAAGCACUAGUGUACUACCCUUUUCAGCACCAGCAGCUACCACACCCACCAUCAGUGCUCAGCCAUGACUUCCAGAGAACUCUACACAUCUUCCUACAAGAAGAUUUUUGGAGAUUCCCCCAGGUCUUCUGGUCACCUGUAUAGCACUAGCAGUUCUAGAACCCAGGCCUACAGACCUAGAGAGUCGUACACCAGCCUGCCAUCCUACAGGAAGGUCAGUAGGUCACCUGCCAGCCACCUCAGCUCGGCUCAAGACCACUUUGACUUGUCCCAGUCCACAGCCCUUAGCAAUGAGCUGAAGAUAGUGAGGACCAAUGAGAAAGAGCAGCUGCAGGGUCUCAAUGACCGUUUUGUCACCUACAUUGAGAAGGUCCACAACCUAGAGCAACAGAACAAGUUGCUGGAGACUGAAGUGACCUUGCUGAGGCAGAAGCAGUCAGAGCCAUCCAGACUCAGCCAGGUCUAUGAGCAGGAAAUCAGGGAUCUGAGGUCCAGGCUUGAAGAUCAGCUGCAGGACAAAGACCAGGCACUGCUGGACUGCCAACAUCUGGAGGGAUGUGUCAGACAGCUGCAGGACAAGUUGGAGCAAGAAGCAGCCAAAAGGGAGGAGGCAGAGGAUGCUAUGAAGAACUUCAGGAAAGAUGUGGACCAGGCCACUCUGGACCGCUUGCAGCUGGAGAAGAAGGUGGAGUCGCUGAUGGAUGAGGUUGCAUUUUUGAGAAAAGUCCACGAGGAGGAGGUGGCUGAGCUGCAGGCUUCAGUGACCCAGGCACAGAUCUCUGUGGAGAUGGAUGUGGUCAGUAAACCAGAUCUUACAGCUGCUCUGAAGGAAAUCCGCAUGCAGUAUGAAGUCCUUUCCACCCGCAAUCAGCAGUCUGCAGAAGAGUGGUACCAAACCAAGAUUGCCAAUGUGUCCCAAGAGGCUGCACGGAAUAAUGAUAAUGUGCGCCAGGCCAAGGAGGAGAUAAAUGAGUACCGGAGACAGCUCCAAGCCCGGACUUUGGAGGUAGAUGCUCUGCGAAGUGCUAACGAGUCUCUGGAGAGACAGCUUCAGGAGUCUGAGGACAGGAAUAAUGAGGAAAUUUCUCAACUGCAGGAGACAAUAAACCAGCUUGAUAAUGCCCUGCGGACCACAAAAGGAGAGAUGGCUCGUCAUUUAAGAGAAUACCAGGAUCUGCUUAACGUUAAGAUGGCUUUGGACAUUGAAAUAGCAGCGUACAGGAAACUGCUAGAAGGGGAGGAGACACGUUUGACGACCGUUGGCGGAGGCAGCAUGUUUAGCUAUGGCUACCCAUAUUCCUCAGGGGGCAAGAGCUAUUCCACAAGUACAGUGACCAUCAGGAAGGACGAGAAAAAAGAAGUCUCAGAUGGAGGAAAAGGAAGUGUCAAAACGCCAAAGUCAGAAGAGUCUGCUCAUGAAAAGACCCCAUCUAAAAAUUGAUCUAGCAAAUGUAUAUUCCCCACCUCUUACAAGAAAGGGACAAUUUACACGAAACGUUCGCCCCCUCCCCCAACCUUCAUGCUAGUGAACUGGCUUUAUUACAGAGAGUUUAGAAAAGAUAAGGAUGUGGAUGUUUUAUUUCUAUUAAUUGCAUACAGCACUAUUGAAGAAAUGCCUGAACGUACAUGGCUUGUGUGGCAUUUCUCUGUAGGUGCCUCAGUGUGCUUAACCCC